CCACUCCUCAUCGUCCCAACCAUCAUCCGCCCAUCAGCCAGCAUCUUCACCUGUGCGCACCUCGCCUUUUCCUCACACACCUGCGCACUCCGCCGCGCACACCAUGGCCGCACAGCGCCCGCACUCGGUGCCGGCGCACCUGCGCAAGAAGAAGCCCGGCCACGCCGCCGCCGCUGCUCCGGGCCCCAACGGCGGCCGCGCCGGCGACGAGGCCUUUGACGGCGCAGACCACAGCAGCCGCGAUGCCAGCGAGGAGGACAACGACGACAUCUCCGGCGCAUCGGACAGCGCCUCGUCGCUGCGCACCCUCUCGCGGCCGAGCAACGCCUCGGCGCUGCCGACGUCGGCACGCGACCGCGCCCUCGUCGACUCCAACCCGCGCCGGCCGUCGGCAGGCGCCUCGACACUCGUCAACGCCGCCAGCAUCGGCGACAAGACGCCCGGCAGUGCCUCUCCGCCACGCACGGGCGCUGCGCCGCGCCGGCCCAGUCAGCCGGCCGGCAAGGACGCGGUGAGCCAGACGCUGGAGCGGGCCACGGCCGCACUGAGCAGCAGCAGCGGCGGCAGCAGCGAUGCGCCGCGCGCCUUUGCCGCGCCCGAGCCGGCCGCGGCGCGCAAGGUCAGCUCGCGCCCCAAGAGCGGCAGCAGCAGUGCCGGCAGCACCGGCGACGGACCCGAGCCCGGCUCCGUCUCUGCGUCGCGGAGCCCGACGCUCGAGCUCAAGAGCCUGCCGGCGCCGAGCUUUGCGCAGAGCGUCGGGCCCGCUGCCACGCCGCGCGCGGGCGAUGCGGCGCAGCGCGCGGCCUCGCUGGCGAGCGGUGGACAGGAAGAGGAGGGACAGGCGAGCGAGUCAGACGCAGCACGCGGCGAGACGGCGGCGAGCCCGUACGACGGCGAUGUGGAGUACGCGGCCCGCACGCCGCAGACCAACGCCGGCGGCCACCACGGCUCCGGUGCGCAGGCAGCCGGCCACAGUCCUGCCGGCGCCUCGGCCAGCCUGAGCUACGGCACGGCGCCGCCCGACACGCCUUCACAUUCGUACCUGGGGCCCAGCGGCACGCUCGUGGCGCAGGGCACGCUGCCGCGCUCGGCGCGCGCCGAGACGCCGCACUCCGAGGUGCCCGUGCCGAUUGCGACCAAUGAGACCAUCCGAGAGUACAUCCACAAAGCCAUCCACCAGCCCGACCCGCUGCGGCAAUACAAGAUCAACCUGCCGCCGGACGGCGGGCGCAACCCGGAUCGGCCCGUGCGCAUCUACGCCGACGGCGUGUACGACCUCUUCCACUACGCCCACUCGCUGCAGCUGCGCCAGGCCAAGCUCUUCUUCCCCUGCGUGCACCUCAUCGUCGGCGUCGUCUCGUCGCAGUCGUGCGCGCAGCACAAGAACGAGCCCGUGCUCUCUUCUGCCGAGCGCUACGCCAGCGUGCGCAACUGCCGCUGGGUCGACGAGGUGCUGGAGGAUGCGCCGUGGGUCAUUGACCAGGACCUCAUCGACCGCCUGCGCAUCGACUAUGUGGCGCAUGACGAGGCGCCGUAUGCGAGCAAGGACGGCGGCAGCACCGACAUCUACGGCUUCUGCAAGGACCAGGGCCGCUUCCUGCCGACGCUCCGCACGCCGGGCGUGUCGACGACGGAGCUGCUGGGGCGCAGUGAGUGCUGGCCGAAGCGCGAGCAGGAGCUGGUGGCUGACAUGCUCCGCCGCAGUCGUCACCCAGUUCAAGCAGCACAAGUGGGACGACAAGCUUGCCAAGGUUCUCGGGGACGUCAGCAUCGACUGAGCGGGCGGCAGUGCGGAUCGUGAGACAAUUCAUGCGUGCGAC